AUGGCGACUGACGGAGCCUUCGGCCUCAUCCUCCUCCUGCUAUGGCAAGCGCCCCCAUGUGCCAGGCCCCACACGGGGUCUCCAGCCCCACCGGGGCAGGGGCUGCUGCGGUCGCUGCUGUCCCAUUACCACCGUGGGGUGAGGCCUGCGGCACUUGGGGGGCGACCCACAGUGAGUGUGGGGCUGGAGCUGGCGCAGCUCAUCAGCCUGGAUGAGAAGAACGAGGAGCUGACAACCAGGGUGUUCCUGGACCUGCGCUGGAGGGACCCCCGCCUGCAGUGGGACCCACGGCUCCAUGGGGGGCUGAGGCUGCUGCGGAUCCCAGCGGAGCUGCUGUGGCUGCCGGAUGUGGGGCUGGACAACAACAAUGAUGGGGAGUUCGGGGUGUCCCUUGAGGUCCGUGCUGUCGUCAGCCCCGAUGGGUCCGUUCACUGGCGACCCCCAGCUCUGUUCCGGAGCCACUGCCCCAUCAAGGUCUCCCACUUCCCCUUCGAUUGGCAGAACUGUUCCCUCCGGUUCCGCUCCGGUUCCUAUGGGCCAGGGGAACUGAGGCUGCGCCUGGGGGGGGACCCUGGGCACGGGGGGGGGCGAGUGGAGCUGCCCCAGAGCUUCCAGGAGAACGGUCAGUGGGAGCUGUGGCACCGCUCUGGCCGCCUGGAGGUCGGUGCUGGUCUGGAGGCCGUCACCUUCGCGCUGGUCCUCCGCCGGAAGCCUCUGUUCUACCUGGCCACGGUGCUGGUGCCAUGUGUGCUGCUCACCCUGCUUGCUAGUGCUGUGUUCUACCUGCCUCCUGAUGCUGGUGAGAAGCUGACCCUGUCCCUCUUCGCCCUCCUCACCCUGACCGUGUUCCUGCUGCUGUUGGCGGACAAGGUCCCGGCCACGUCCCUGGCGCUGCCAUUGAUCGCCAGGCACCUGACGGCCACACUGCUGCUGCUGGCGCUCGGCGUGGCGCUCAGCGUGGCCGUGCUCAACGUGCACCACCGCGGGCCCGGCACGCACCGCCUGCCGCCGGCACUGCACCUGACGGCCACACUGCUGCUGCUGGCGCUCGGCGUGGCGCUCAGCGUGGCCGUGCUCAACGUGCACCACCGCGGGCCCGGCACGCACCGCCUGCCGCCGGCACUGCACCGGCUCCUCCUCCAGCGCCUCCCCCCCCCUCCUGGGCCUGCGCUGUCCUCCGGCCCCGCCCCCCCCCGCGGAGCUCCGCCCCCUGACGUCAUCACCCGGUACUUCCGGUUCCGGUUUUACCGUUUCCGGUGUUACCGGUUCCGGUGUUUCCGGUUCCGGUGUUUCCGGUACUUCCGGUUCUGGUGUUACCGGUUCCGGUGCUUCCGGUUUUACCGAUUCCGGUGUUACCGGUUCCGGUGUUCCCGGUACUUCUGGUUCUGGUGUUUCCGGUUCCGGUGCUUCCGGUACUUCCGGUUCCGGUUUUACCGAUUCCGGUCUUUCCGGUUCCGGUGUUUCCGUUCCGGUGCUGCCGGUGUUUCCGGUCCCGGUAUUUCCGGUGUUUCCGGUACUUCCGGUUCCGCUGUUUCCGGUACUUCCGGUCCCGCUGUUUCCGGUUCCGGGUCACCGCUGCCCCCGGAGCUCCGUGAGGCCGCAGCCGCCAUUGGGUUCAUCGCGAGGAGCCUGAGGGAGCAGCGGUGGCAGCAGGAGCUGCAGGAGCUCUGGCAUCGAGCAGCCCUGACCCUGGACCGGCUCCUGCUUUGGGCCUUCCUGGCCCUGGUCGGGGCCUGUGGGCUCGGGACCGGCCUGGACGCGGCUCUGCACCGGCCCCCGGCGGAGCCCUACCCGUGA